AAAAUAGCGCGAAAAGAGGUGUUAAAAAAGCUCAAAGAAGACGAAUCUAUCGGAGACGGAAACUUUCGUCGCCUAUUUUUUGCUGAAACAGACGAGUUGGAGUUGAAACUUGACCAAAUUUCACGAAAGGAACUAAGUGCAAGUAGAGUUUCCUUCAAGGAAGGCCUUACUAUCGUUAACGAAGUUUUAAACAAAAUUGGAAAGAUUGUAGAGGACGAAACUCACAGUGCAACAGUGACAGUCUCUGGGAAGUCGACGUUCUACGCCGUGAACACAGUAGUAGAUAUUGUGGAUUCCAUGACUGGCAAUUUGAAAUCGCUCAAAGUAACUGACUUGGAUGAAAGAGCUGGCAAGUUAGUUACUGAGGCAAAAGAGGCUUUCGGCAAUGCGUCGAGAGAAGCAAAAGAAGCUUUCAGCAAUCCUUCACUAAAAGCGACUCUUCGUGUUCAAGCCAUGUCUAUUUGCAUCAUGACAAAAAUACUGAAGCAUAUGGAUGACCACUCCAUUGCAUUACCAUCAUGCAAAUCAUAUCUCAACGACUUGUAUUCCUUGCAACAAAUCCAGGAUUCCUUUUGUUCACUAGUAACAGGUAAAGGAUCUUUCGAUAAAGAAAUUGUGCGGGAUGUCUGCUACUUAAAUCGUCUCCUCUUCGAUGUUAUCCACCGGGUUUCGGAAAAGGAAGUUUUUUGGAGUUGGCCUCCUAUCAUCAUCCGCAAAGACGACAAAAUUAUUUACCGACUGGAUCCACUAAGAGAUGUUAGAGUGACUAAAGCGCUUUGCAGUAAGAGCAGGAAAAAAGACGUUCUGUCAAACGUUGCUGAAGUGACUGUAGCAUGGUCAUUUGGAGCCGAGGAGCCUGACACAAAGCUUAUUUCACCACAAGAUGUUACUACAGACCACCAUGGACAUUUCAUUGUGGCGGACAACGGCGAUCGCUGCAUCAAAGUGUUCAAUAAUAGCGGGAAGUUUGUGAAGUCUUUUUCUCCUCUUCCCCGCCAUCAGGUCGAUCAAAAAAUAUGUAGCGUGGUUACUGACCGUGAAGACAAUAUAUUCGUGCUGACUAAGAUAGACAAAUAUCACCAUAAAGUAGACUUGUUCGACAAAGACGGUAAACUUCUGAAGAGAUUUCCACUAGAGGAAGGUCUUGUAUAUUGCUCACCAGUCAUAAACGACAGCAAUGAGCUUUUUGUCGUGAUAGAAAACCAAAAGAAUGAUUCAAAACAUCCCACAGUUUAUGCGUACAGGAGUGAUGGAAAGUCUAUAAACCACAAGGGCUUUGGACAAGAUAUUCUAGUGGAACCAACUGACAUGACCGUUGCUAGUGGAGGUCUUUUAAUGGUAUUAAACAGAAAUGGACUUGUGGUAACAUUCGAUAAAGACGGAAAACACCUUCCAGAACGUGAUUUCUAUCACAAGGGCGACUCUCCUGCCAACGCCUUAGAGUUUCAUUCGGAGAGUGAACAUGUUGUCAUCUCCAGCCUAGAACCGGGAUUUUUUGUGAAUAUAUCAAUCUACGAUAAACGUCGCGCCUGCGUGCACAACAUUUACCAGGGUGGAGAGCAGAUGACUAAAAAAGAGCAGAGAGAAUGUGUUCCUCCAAAGAUUGUGUUGACCAAAGAUGGAAACAUAGCCGUACUUGCUGGGAGUGUAGGCGAAUGCAAGGUUGUUGUUCUGUAAAAUAUUCACUCUUUUUAAAAACCCAAAACAGGUUAGACAAACAUAUUCAGGGAUGAAGAUCAAGACUAAUACUUACGCAGUUGUUUAUUAAACCGCUACUAAGGAAUACAUGUAUACAGUUCUUAGUUCCGGAUGAUGAAACUAAUUUAAAAAUACAUUUGCAUUUAUAAGAAGGUGGAGCAAUUUUAUGCAGGGCUUCUAUCAGACAGUAGGCGUUUGUUAUAGACAGGAGGCGCGCCUUUUAGACCAUUUACGGGUAAGAUAUGAAACCAUAAAACUAGCUUCAUGCAGAUGUUCUUUACUAGACUGAAGGCAGAGAGUCAUAUUUAAGGUAAUAAUGCAAAGCAAUUUUGACAAUAUCUUGUAAGAACACGAAUAUAGCUUCUGUAUGCACCCAUUUCAAUAAACGUUGUUUUGGGAUUUGGUCAUUGAAACACAGAAUAUAAUACAAUGCAAUGCUUUGCUUGAGUGACCACCAAACAACGACUUUCAAAGACCAAAGCAAGAUUUCCAAAGCAAUCUUUAUUGACAUACAUGUAGGUGUAUAUGCGUUAUUGACCAAGCGUGAGGCCAAGAUGACUGGAUGUUAGCCAAGUUCUUUUUUGCGUUUUUAUUGAUGAAGAGAGGUCGAUAAAAACGCAAAAAAGAACAAGGCCAAUUAAAGCCACCUUGACCGAACAAGCUUGGUCAAUAAAGGAUUUAUUCCCAUGGUGGACUCCAUCGCGAUAUACAGCUACUUUGAUAAAGGUUGUCGCAUAAAGUGCACGCGACAACCCCGAAAGGUAUUGUGGGUGGUUUUGAGUUCACUGUUUUUCAAAGAAAUUUGAAAGAAUGACAGGAGAGACCAUGGACGUAUGUUUGCGAGUGCUAAAGGAAAGAAGCAAAAGUAGGUUCGACAGCUAAAGUGUCAGGAAAAGCGUCUUGAUCAAAUCCCAUAUUACCUUUCGGGAUUGUCGCGUGUACAUUUUUUCCGACAAUCUUUCUCGAAAUAGCUGUAUACAAGUAUGAAUGGGCCGGCCGACUUUGUAGGUCGCUAACACCGCGCGCGGUACACGUGCUUGGCGCGCUACGAGAUUAUAAACCUCACGUGUCUGCGGCGUCUCGCUUCGCUCGGAAUAAAUAAUUAUUCUACGCACUAGAAGUAGUAGCUUUUUUGGCGUUGGGGACGAAACAAUUCACACAGUAUGUGAUAAACAACCAUGUUAGAAUGUAACAAGUUCUGUAGAUAUAGCGCUUGCUGUGUUACGGUAUAAUAUGUGAAUAUUGUCUAUGUUUUCAAUCAAAAUAUGCAAUAAAAUUCAUACUAAAAUGUACUAGCCAUGGAGGUAUGUAUGUGUGGGCAUCGAUGUGGAAAAAUUAGCAUAACGUCAAAACAGUGAAUGUUGUAACGCGGUGCUUUGGCCGGUUCUUAGGUUAGGUUUCUGUUAAAAUUUAAAGGUGUUAAAGUGAAUCAAUCUUAAAGAAAGCUUUAGACAUUGUUAUAAACAUCAUGAAAAUGUCAUCAUGAGAGUUAAAAAGAAUUCUGUCAAGCUGUUUUAGAGAUAAUACAGAAAAUCGCUAAAAGUCAAAAUUUAGAAUAAAGUUGCACUUAGACAGGUGGUGAGGAAACAGGUUAGUUUUCAGGAUCGCAAGAAAGAAAAUACACCAAAAUUUCCUAGCAUCGAAAAAUGAUAUUAAGCAGCCUUCUGACGCUACUUAAGAUUAAUGUGAGUUAUUCAGAACUAUUUUAUUAAACGCUUUAUCAUGGCUAUUGAAAAUAUCAGGUUUUUACUUCUCACGGAGGUUAUUUGUUACUACACCACACUUAAAGUUCCUGGUGUCGGAUUUUCAGUAGCAGGUCCAGAUCGCGCAAAAUUCGGAUUUUAUCGAUUUCAAAGUUUUUUUUGUCUAUUGUUGUCAUAGUGAUAUCGAUUUUUACUAAAAACAACAAUUCGACAAACUUCAAUUCAUAGUCAAUCACUGGUGGACAUUUUGUAGCGAUCAGACAAGGAUAAAAUCGCUGAUACCUUAACUGGUCGAACAAUGUGGGUGCUGCUGACAGGAGGCGUAGCCCUCACUCGGGCGAAAUGUUCGUGUUAAGUCCUUCAAUGAGCAUAACAAAUGCUUUAAAUUACGCGAAAUGGACUUAUGUUAAAGUUUUCUUUAAAAAGUCAAACAGGUAUAGUUACCUUCAUUUCUCAUUUUCUUCAAACAGCCUGGGUAAGAUUUGUCUCAUUGUUUGAUUUAUAGCUCAGCCUGUCGCUUGCUGUUUACAAGUGACUUUACUUUGGUCAUUUGUCAAGGUUAUUUCUGUUUGAUUACGAUCUAAAAAUGAUAAAAAUAACAAAAAAUAGUAAUAAUGAUGAUGAUAACGACGACGAGGAUGAUUAUAAUAAUGAUAACUUUAUUCAAGUUUCCAGGCAUUUAGCUUCACAGCUAUUGAAUGGGUGACACUGGUGAAAACAGCAAACUUAUUUUAGUUCGCAACAAGUUCAACAGUUUUAUUUUUAAAAGUCAAGGUCAUGUUAGAUCCUCUCUAAAGUCUGACGAUUAACCAGGAACGUUUCGUACUUUUAUAUGUCUGCGUACACGAUGCAGAAUUUGUCCUUUCUGUUCGCAAUGCAAAAACUAAAAUAUGUCGCCACCAAUAAGGCACUUUAUUUGAUCUUUUGCAACGCUAUCUCGCAAUUCUUUAAUGUCAUAUUUUUCAGACCACCAGUUGGUCAAGUAAUUGUGUGCAACCUGCCAAUGAAGUGUUCCCGUGCGACCAAGGAACAAAAGUUACUCUCCAAUCCUAGUUCGCCAUCAACAAAAAUGAGUUCGAAAGCUAGCAAAAUACUGACUUCCAUGAUUUUCAUAUGACAAAUAUCCUGACUUUCAUCCUUCUCCUCGAGUCUCUCUUAUUCGUUUCAGGACUACAAAAUACCAAUCUCGUAAAGUUAAGUACUAAAUUUCCAAGAUAGUGCCUCCUUUCGUUCGAUGAUUACCCAGUAUCUCGACCAAAGAUAGCCGUCCGCCUCUUCGUACUAUGUGCCCAUAUGGGCUUCUCCAACAUUUUGAAAUUCUCCUGAACCGUUAUUGACAAGUAAUGUAACAGGCGAGGGGAGCUACGCUGUACUUGUGUACUCUUCCAUUUGAGCCCCACGCUUGUCACAUAAGAAGGGUGAUAGAUGAGGGAUGGUAAAAGCCAAUCGAUCGUCAAGAGUCCAACCAAUUGUCAGAAUGCUCUAGCCCACCUGUGUCAGCAACGAUAUUAGCAAGAGCCACACUGACAUUUAAAUUACUUGAGACAGUGCUACCUGCCGAACGGGAGGGGUGGGACGAGUUCGUGUUAUCUUCAGUUUGUGGUUGAAGGAUUUGCGAAGGAUCUUCGUUUCAUGGCAAAAUUUUAUCGCCAGUCUUCUUCAAUAACUGCUUCACUGGCAAAAUUGUCCUAAUAAGUACUAAUUCACUUGUUGACGGGGUCCAAUUCGUCUCGACAUAUAGCUGUUUCGAGAAAGGUUGUCAGAAAAAAUGUGUACACGACCAUUCCGAAAAGUAAUUAUGGGAUACGAUCAUCACUGUUCCUAACCCUAAUGACUUUAGUUGUCGAACCCACUUUUGUUGCUUUCCUUUUAACAGUCGCAAACAUAUGUCUCUGGCCUCCGACAUGCCAUCAUUUCAAAUUUCUUUGAAGACAGUAAACUCAAAACCACCCACAAUACCUUUCGGGAUUGUCGCGUGCACUUUUUCCAACAACCUUUCUCAAAAUAGCGGUAGAAAGAAGCUUCAAAAUGUAUAUAGGCCAUUUCGGAGUUGCGUAGGAAACUGGGGCGAGUUUCAAAUUUAAACUAAUCGAUACACUGACACCACCAUAUAAAAGGUCAUGUUGUGAUUGGUUACUUGACCAAGUUUGGUGCUCUAAGGUUGAACAGGGAUCACGUAAUGACUUCUUCUCGUAAACAGGGGCGUAGCCAGCCUGUAGGCCCGUAGGCCAGGUCUGCCUGACUUUUCACGGUAGUAUGACUUGUAAAUUUUCGAAGACACUUAAAAUUUCUUACGAAAUACUUUCGAGUCUGUAAAUAACAAAGAAGCAGCAAGAUUAAAUCAUCUCCUAGCGUUAAAGAACCAAGUUAGCACGCUUUUCAGAAUCUUACGAGCAAUGUCAAAAAAUGCUGAUAAACAGCGGUUACCUGCUACAUGGCAGUUAGAAAACUAGCCAGCAUUUUCAGUGUCAUGGCAUCUCAAACGCGAAAUAUCAAAAGUUUCUUCAACAAAACAAACGAAAGGUAAGUCCUACGGAUAAUCUUUAGAAAUAUAAAGGAGGGUGUUAGUGCUUAAACUAUUCGCUACAAAUAAAUUCAAUCAGUCUUUCGCAAAACCUAACAGAUAUAACAACUUGGAUUUACAGGCUAACUGCGUCGGAAUGUAGACAUGCAAUUACUCCAGUUUUUUUCCUUCUUUUAAUCCUCGUUGAGGCUCCAGCUAGAUUGAAAAGUGCCAAAAAUGAAAAAGAAAUUUUCGAUUGAAAUCUUUUGUUAAAAUAGUACUUUUAACAAGUUCGGGAAGCAAAAAACUUAAACAGUAAAAGCUCUGAAUUUGCCGUGGGAACCCAGUUAAAUGCAGAUUGAGCUUGUCACCACGAGAAUUCCCAAAUUUAUAUAUAUCCAGGGCAUUUACAGCACUUUUAGUUCUACAAAUCACUGCAUCAACCGCAGAGAGCUCUCUCAGAACACUGAGAAGACUUAAAACCUAUCUAAGGUCUACAAUGAAAGAAGAUCGCUUGAGUGGACUUGCUCUUAUGCAUAUCCACAAGCAUGAUGUAAACGAUGUUGGAUGUAUCAUUUACUGCGGAAGACAUUGUUGACGAUUUUGCAGCAUCCGCAAAAAGGACGAUUUUAGCUACUCGGAUUGACUGUAACAAGUAUCGUUAUAGGAGGGCGCUUUUUUAUUGUGGUACUGAGAUCAAUACCUUGAAUCCUUGAAGUUUAGACACAUACUCCAGAUUCAACUACACAAACAAUUAACAGUCUUGGGGGUCUGAUUUGUCUAGUGUAUUAGCGGGUCACCUUAGGGACUGGCCUACAACAAGUCAAAAAGCUGGCUACGCCCCUGUUAAACAUGGUUAAAGAUCCAUUCAAACGUCUGUAGUUUUGCGACAGCGUCCCCCACAACCAUGAAUUUAUUUAUUUAUUUAUUACAGAUUCACUCCACUAAAUUACAAACAGAUAAUAAACUGAAUUCAAUUAAUCGCUACUUUAAAGAAAAGUUGAGGAGAAGGAGACAACCAAAAGUACUAAUGCACCAUACUAGGGAUGCCCCACACUCAUUCUGAACAAUACGGUUAAAAAAUGCUAUAAAAGUUUGGGGCAAUGUCCUGUGUGUCAUUUUUCCUCAAAUUAUAAACUGUGUUUCAGUCCUUACAAAAUAUGAGCUUGUUUUAAUGUCUGUAUCAUAACGUCCAUUAAUUACAUUGAACAAAAAUGUAACAUCUCUAAUGAACGUCCUAUUGAACCCUAAAACCAUAUUAGCCUUAGCAGUUAUUCUAACUACAUGUUGGUUCCUUAAGAGAUCACUAGCAGCAGAGUAAACAAUCCUAAAUCGUUAUGCACAUCAACACUUUCCAAAGGUUGAUCUUCUAUAUUAUAUUCCCCAUUUAGCUAAAGGUUUCUUUUUCCUGGUUAUUCGGUCGAUUCGCAUGAUCUUACAUUUCUUAAUAUUAAUUGUCAUCUUAUUCAUCUUACACCAUUCUGAUAUUUUAUCUAUGUCACUUCUUAAAAGUAGGCAGAUUGACUGAACUGUCCUUACUAAUUACCCCCAGUAAAUCAUGGAUGUAUACUAUGAAGAAUAAUGGUCCCAAUAAAGAACCUUGUAGGAUACCAAAGGUUACGGUUAGCCAAUCAGAAGCCUCUCCUUUCACUACUACACGCUGUUUACAAUGGUCUUGGAGUAAAUUUCCAGAGUGCAAGCAGAUUAUAAACGAGGUGAGUGUUUAAUAAUUGCUUUAUAAUUUUCUAGAUGUCUUUAUUUGCUUGUGAAAGUGUUCAUCAAUAUCUUGUCAUCACUUAACCGUUUGUGACCUCGAAGAAAUUAUUUUCACAGGCAAAUAAAGAGAUCUAAAAAAUGUAAACAAGCAAUUACUAAACACUCAGGCCUCGUUUAUCAUCUGCUUGCACUCUGAAAAUUUACUAGCCUGCAUAACAGGCGCCUCAUGACUCAAGCGAAACAAAAGCGGCAUUUCGCGCAAAGCGCGAGACGAGGGAGUAGAGCUUCUCGCUUGGCUCAUAAAGCGCGUGUUAUGCAGGUUAAAAAUUUUCUCGAAGAGCUUGCCCCUUUUAUACAUCACAAAUACUCGGAAAUAACAUAUUUUUCUUUUAAAAAGGCUCACCUACCCUAAUUCCGGGGGUUAAUUUUCAUUUUCUUCACAUUUUUUUAUUUUCAAACUGUAUUCUCCUCAUUGCCUUCCAGCUCUGACGCCAGCACUUACUUUCAAAUUGAAACUCCUAGUUGAGUCGGGAUUUAUCAACAUUCUGCAACAUUUCUAUAUUGUCUUAUGUUUUGAUUAUUUCGCAAAUUUAUAGUGUUCAUGAAUCACUUGUCAGAUAGAAAUAACUACAACCUAUAGUCAGUUGUAUAUUUCAAGUUGUAGUUUCUGGACACCAGCGUUUGUAACGAGACAUUACACAUGAGUACGCUCUGUGUUAACCUGUUUCAGGCUCCUAGAUAGUCGGGUUCGCGAAAUUGAGAAAGGCGAACAUGAAAACAAAACGGGAGGAAACUGGGGAGAGAAAGGAUCACGCGCUCAUAUUUUCGCCUUCUUCUUACUAUUACGCGUCAUCCUUACUAUCUGAAGCAUGGAACAGGCUACUCCUGCAAAAUCAUAGUAAGCUUAAACAUUUAUACGAAGAAUAUCUUACUGUCACCUCCGUCUUUGUCAAGUAAACCUACGGCAAUGCGUCCUUGAAGAGUAACUGCAACGCCUCGAAUAGAAACAAAACCUUUUACAUCAUGUAGGAAGAUGCUGGGGAGCAGCCCUCCAUCGCUCAUGUCGUAUCUCAGGAUUCGCACGGGAUUCCACUCUUUUCCUUUGUCACAAGGUUGACUUGGAAGAGCUAUUACUAAAUUAUUGCUCACUUGAUGACAGGCUAUGGAGGACCUUAACUCGUGUUUAGUGACGAUGGAGACGCGCUUUCUCUUUUUCUCUACUGACUUUAAGAGAUCGUCAAUGUAAUGUCCGUCUGAACGAAACAUAUGAGCUGAUAAAGCCCAUUUAUCAUCUUUAUCUAAAACAAUCACUCUUCCGUCGUUGGUUGCACAAAUGUCUUCAGCUCCUGAGUUUAAUAUUUUUUCCCCGAAACUAGUCUUAAAAUGGCCAUCCGACGAAUCAUAGACAUCAACGGCAAUCCCCGAAGAACUCUUUGCCAAUAUGAAGAUUUCAUUGUUAUUGUUUAUUGACAUUCUAGAAACCUCUGCUGUUUUUUCUUUCAAUAAUAUGUCGCGUCUCGUGUGUGAGCUUCCUUUAUCAAACACAAAAAUCUUGAAGUGCGCAGUUGUUGAGUUUUCUCCCAGUUCAAACAAUACAUACACAUUAUCUUUGGUAUCAGUAGCAACAUCCACAAUGCUCGCAACCGAGUCUUUUUGCCAGGGCGUUAAGGAAAGUUUACGAACAAACAAGCCAUUCGCAUCAUAUUCUUUAACGGUUAGAUCCCAUUCGUCUCCAACCAUACAGUGUCCCUGAGAAUUAACAGCAAUGCCUUGUGGUAUGUUCGGUUUAUUCUUUUUAUCUUCUUCAUUAAGGGUCGAUGGCGUUAGAGAAACGUGCGGCACUUCCUUAGCCACUCGGGAGUCGGACAAUGGAUCUAUUUUUUCGUUUUCCACUUCAAUCAAGGGAAAAACCAACAAUUCCCCUUCCUUGGCGAUCGCCAGUGCAGCAUUGCGAAUAAAAUGAUUUAUUCGACAGACGGAAGCAAUUACUUGCUUUUGAACCCCCCUUUUAAAAGAAACUUUGUUAAGGCCUUUAUAAACAACUUGAUUAAAAGUCUCCCUCACAUACUUGAGACCGUGAAGGUCUUCAAGACAGCCAAUACACACAUUCAACGCAUCCUCAGGAUGGUCAACGUUCUCUAGCAUGGUCGACGCGACACGAAUAACCAUUGCUUGCAUGCGAUCCAAUAUUUCAACGCCUUCAUUGCUGAAAGCUUCUACAGCCUUGAUACGGGCUUGUUUGAAAUCAUCCUUUGCAGCCGCCAGUGCUCUUUUGUCUGCAUCGUCUAAACAAUGUAGUCUCAAGUCGUUGCAGACCUGAUACAUGCUUGUCGAGCGCACUUCUGUUUGUCUGUCAGCACUUUCCCUGUCACCUUCAUAAGAAUUUUUCUUGAGUUUAAGAAGGCGACGGAUUCCUUCUCUGUAAAAUGUAAAACUUGACAAUAAAGUAGAAUUCGCAAGUGCCUCCAACUUUGCUUUAACGUCGAGCAUGUCGCGGCGGAGAUCACUUUCUCUCAUGUGCUUUUUUUCCAUUGGGUCUCUAUUCACGAACAGUUUAACUGAACUAUCGAUUAAGGCUACAGAAUCCAUAGUGUUAGCUCAGUAGUCUUGCGUUUAUAAUAAUUAAAAACAAAUUUUGAUGAGCGUGAAUAACACAUGAACAAAAGGCGUUGUAAAGAAUGUUCUCAAACUCAUUAAUAAUUCAUAAAGAAAAUUCAAAGGAAAUUAAUGUUUAAUGAGUGAAUGGAUAUCAGAUGAAAAACUUCUCAUUUUUGCAUCCUUAAUUUAUCCUUCAAAAAUGAUUUUGUUUGAGAAGAAAUAUCAAACAUUCGACACAGUGUUUCAUCACCAGAUGAAACACCUCGAAGUUAGUCAAAAAUACUCCGCUGCGCGUCGUAUUUUCAACUCUCUUCUCCGUGUUUCAUCUGGUGAUGAAACACUGCAUCUCAUGUUUGAUGUAUUACUUAACUAUUUUUAAAAAAUGAAGUUACCAUGGAGCCAGUGUCGGAAAAGAAAAGAUGUCUCAGAAAAAAGACAAUAACUCAGUUGAAAACAGUAGCAAAUACGGCCAAAUCCGAAUAAUUUUAUUGGCUGUCGAGUCGAGUCAAAGUCACUAAGGACGGACCUUGGAAUUGUUUGUUUGUCAGGGCUAGAGUAAUAGUACAAUUUGUGGUUUUGUGGCUUGCUCGUGUUGUGGUUGGUCACAACACAAUAAAUAUUCCUGACAUAUUCAAGGAUUUUACUGUCUCCUGGGUUCACUAGAUACUUCAGGUGCAUUUCGCAGGUCUGUCGUUGUUUACUGCGAAGAAAACUUUCAGUAUGGAUCUGAUAUUUUUUGCAGUUUUGGCUUUUAAAUGUGGAGCUCAUGUAGUCUGGAAAAUAGCGCGAAAAGAGGUGUUAAAAAAGCUCAAAGAAGACGAAUCUAUUGGAGACGGAAACUUUCGUCGCCUAUUUUUUGCUGAAACAGACGAGUUGGAGUUGAAACUUGACCAAAUUUCACGAAAGGAACUAAGUGCAAGUAGAGUUUCCUUCAAGGAAGGCCUUACUAUCGUUAACGUAGUUUUAAACAAAAUUGGAAAGAUUGUAGAGGACGAAACUCACAGUGCAACAGUGACAGUCUCUGGGAAGUCGACGUUCUACGCCGUGAACACAGUAGUAGAUAUUGUGGAUUCCAUGACUGGCAAUUUGAAAUCGCUCAAAGUAACUGACUUGGAUGAAAGAGCUGGCAAGUUAGUUACUGAGGCAAAAGAGGCUUUCGGCAAUGCGUCGAGAGAAGCAAAAGAAGCUUUCAGCAAUCCUUCACUAAAAGCGACUCUGCGUGUUCAAGCCAUGUCUAUUUGCAUCAUGACAAAAAUACUGAAGCAUAUGGAUGACCCCUCCAUUGCAUUACCAUCAUGCAAAUCAUAUCUCAACGACUUGUAUUCCUUGCAACAAAUCCAGGAUUCCUUUUGUUCACUAGUAACAGGUAAAGGAUCUUUCGAUAAAGAAAUUGUGCGGGAUGUCUGCUACUUAAAUCGUCUCCUCUUCGAUGUUAUCCACCGGGUUUCGGAAAAGGAAGUUUUUUGGAGUUGGCCUCCUAUCAUCAUCCGCAAAGACGACAAAAUUAUUUACCGACUGGAUCCACUAAGAGAUGUUAGAGUGACUAAAGCGCUUUGCAGUAAGAGCAGGAAAAAAGACGUUCUGUCAAACGUUGCUGAAGUGACUGUAGCAUGGUCAUUUGGAGCCGAGGAGCCUGACACAAAGCUUAUUUCACCACAAGAUGUUACUACAGACCACCAUGGACAUUUCAUUGUGGCGGACAACGGCGAUCGCUGCAUCAAAGUGUUCAAUAAUAGCGGGAAGUAUGUGAAGUCUUUUUCUCCUCUUCCCCGCCAUCAGGUCGAUGAAGAAAUAUGUAGCGUGGUUACUGACCGUGAAGACAAUAUAUUCGUACUGACUAAGAUAGACAAAUAUCACCAUAAAGUAGACUUGUUCGACAAAGACGGUAAACUUCUGAAGAGAUUUCCACUAGAGGAAGGUCUUGUAUAUUGCCCACCAGUCAUAAACGACAGCAAUGAGCUUUUUGUCGUGAUAGAAAACCAAAAGAAUGAUUCAAAACAUUCCACAGUUUAUGCGUACAGGAGUGAUGGAAAGUCUAUAAUCCACAAGGGCUUUGGACAAGAUAUUCUAGUGGAACCAACGGACAUGACCGUUGCUAGUGGAGGUCUUUUAAUGGUAUUAAACAGAAAUGGACAUGUGGUAACAUUCGAUAAAGACGGAAAACACCUUCCAGAACGUGAUUUCUAUCACAAGGGCGACUCUCCUGCCAACGCCUUAGCGUUUCAUUCGGAGAGUGAACAUGUUGUCAUCUCCAGCCUAGAACCGGGAUUUUUUGUGAAUAUAUCAAUCUACGAUAAACGUCGCGCCUGCGUGCACAACAUUUACCAGGGUGGAGAGCAGAUGACUAAAAAAGAGCAGAGAGAAUGUGUUCCUCCAAAGAUUGCGUUGACCAAAGAUGGAAACAUAGCCGUACUUGCUGGGAGUGUAGGCGAAUGCACGGUUGUUGUUCUGUAAAAUAUUCACUCUUUUUAAAAACCCAAAACAGGUUAGACAAACAUUUUCAGGGAUGAAGAUCAAGACUAAUACUUACGCAGUUGUUUAUUAAACCGCUACUAAGGAAUACAUGUAUACAGUUCUUAGUUCCGGAUGAUGAAACUAAUUUAAAAAAUACAUUUGCAUUUAUAAGAAGGUGGAGCAAUUUUUAUGCAGGGCUUCUAUCAGACAGUAGGCGUUUGUUAUAGACAGGAGGGGCGCCUUUUAGACCAUUUACGGGUAAGAUAUGAAACCAUAAAACUAGCUUCAUGCAGAUGUUCUUUACUAGACUGAAGGCAGAGAGUCAUAUUUAAGGUAAUAAUGCAAAGCAAUUUUGACAAUAUCUUAUAAGAACACGAAUAUAGCUUCUGUAUGCACCCAUUUCAAUAAACGUUGUUUUGGGAUUUGGUCAUUGAAACACAGAAUAUAAUACAAUGCAAUGCUUUGCUUGAGUGACCACCAAACAAUGACUUUCAAAGACCAAAGCAAGAUUUCCAAAGCAAUCUUUAUUGACAUACAUGUAGGUGUAUAUGCGUUAUUGACCAAGCGUGAGGCCAAGAUGACUGGAUGUUAGCCAAGUUCUUUUUUGCGUUUUUAUUGAUGAAGAGAGGUCGAUAAAAAAGCAAAAAAGAACAAGGCCAAUUAAAGCCACCUUGACCGAACAAGCUUGGUGAAUAAAGGAUUUAUUCCCAUGGUGGACUCCAUCGCGAUAUACAGCUAUUUCGUUAAAGGUUGUCGCAUAAAGUCACGCGACAACCCCGAAAGGUAUUGUGGGUGGUUUUGAGUUCACUGUUUUUCAAAGAAAUUUAAAAGAAUGACAGGAGAGACCAUGGACGUAUGUUUGCGAGUGCUAAAGGAAAGAAGCAAAAGUAGGUUCGACAGCUAAAGUGUCAGGAAAAACGUCUUGACCAAAUCCCAUAUUACCUUUCGGGAUUGUCGCGUGUACAUUUUUUCCGACAAUCUUUCUCGAAAUAGCUGUAUACAAGUAUGAAUGGGCCGGCCGACUUUGUAGGUCGCUAACACCGCGCGCGGUACACGUGCUUGGCGCGCUACGAGAUUAUAAACCACACGAGUCUGCGGCGCCUCGCUUCGCUUGGAAUAAAUAAUUAUUCUACGCACUAGAAGUGGUAGCUUUUUUGGCGUUGGGGACGAAACAAUUCACACAGUAUGUGAUAAACAACCAUGUUAGAAUGUAACAAGUUCUGUAGAUAUAGCGCUUGCUGUGUUACGGUAUAAUAUGUGAAUAUUGUCUAUGUUUUCAAUCAAAAUAUGCAAUAAAAUUCAUACUAAAAUGUACUAGCCAUGGAGGUAUGUAUGUGUGAUGGGCAUCGAUGUGGAAAAAUUAGCAUAACGUCAAAACAGUGAAUGUUGUAACGCGGUGCUUUGGCCGGUUCUUAGGUUAGGUUUCUGUUAAAAUUUAAAGGUGUUAAAGUGAAUCAAUCUUAAAGAAAGGUUUAGACAUUGUUAUAAACAUCAUGAAAAUGCCAUCAUGAGAGUAAAAAAGAAUUCUGUCGAGCUGUUUUAGAGAUAAUACAGAAAAGCGCUAAAAGUCAAAAUUUAGAAUAAAGUUGCACUUAGACAGGUGGUGAGGAAACAGGUUAGUUUUCAGGAUCGCAAGAAAGAAAAUACACCAAAAUUUCCUAGCAUCGAAAAAUGAUAUUAAGCAGCCUUCUGACGCUACUUAAGAUUAAUGUGAGUUAUUCAGAACUAUUUUAUUAAACGCUUUAUCAUGGCUAUUGAAAAUAUCAGGCUUUUACUUCUCACGGAGGUUAUUUGUUACUACACCACACUUAAAGUUCCUGGUGUCGGAUUUUCAGUAGCAGGUCCAGAUCGUGCAAAAUUCGGAUUUUAUCGAUUUCAAAGUUUUUUUGUUUAUUGUUGUCAUAGUGAUAUCGAUUUUUACUAAAAACAACAAUUCGACAAACUUCAAUUCAUAGUCAAUCACUGGUAGACAUUUUGUAGCGAUCAGACAAGGAUAAAGUCGCUGAUACCUUAACUGGUCGAACAAUGUGGGUGCUGCUGACAGGAGGCGUAGCCCUCACUCGGGCGAAAUGUUUAUGUUAAGUCCUUCAAUGAGCAUAAAAAAUGCUUUAAAUUACACGAAAUGGACUUAUGUUAAAGUUUUCUUUAAAAAGUCAAACAGGUAUAGUUACCUUCAUUUCUCAUUUUCUUCAAACAGCCUAGGUAAGAUUUGUCUCAUUGUUUGAUUUAUCUCAGGCUGUCGCUUGCUGUUUACAACUGACUUUACUUUUGUCAUUUGUCAAGGCUAUCUCUGUUUGAUUACGAUCUAAAAAUGAUAAAAAUAACAAAAAAUAGUAAUAAUGAUGAUGAUAACGACAACGAGACGACGACGAGGAUGAUUAUAAUAAUGAUAACUUUAUUCAAGUGUCCAGGCAUUUAGCUUCACAGCUAUUAAAUGGGUGACACUGGUGAAAACAGCAAACUUAUUUUAGUUCGCAACAAGUUCAACAGUUUUAUUUUUAAAAGUCAAGGUCAUGUUAGAUCCUCUCUAAAGUCUGACGAUUAACCAGGAAUGUUUCUUACUUUUAUAUGUCUGCGUACACGAUGCAGAAUUUGUCCUUUCAGUUCGCAAUGCAAAAACUAAAAUAUGUCGCCACCAAUAAGGCACUUUAUUUGAUCUUUUGCAACGCUAUCUCGCAAUUCUUUAAUGUCAUAUUUUUCAGACCACCAGAUGGUCAAGUAAUUGUGUGCAACCUGCAAAUGAAGUGUUCCCGUGCGACCAAGGAACAAAAGUUACUCUCCAACCCAAGUUCGCCAUCAACAAAAAUGAUACUGACUUCCAUGAUUUUCAUAUGACAAAUAUCCUGACUUUCAGCCUUCUCCUCGAGUCUCUCUAAUUCAGCGGUUUCAGGACUAUUUUGACGAAUACAAAAUACCAAUCUCGUAAAGUUAAGUACUAAAUUUCCAAGAUAGUGCCUCCUUUCGUUCGAUGAUUACCCAGUAUCUCGACCAAAGAUAGCCGUCCGCCUCUUCGUACUAUGUGCCCAUAUGGGCUUCUCCAACAUUUUGAAAUUCUCCUGAACCGUUAUUGACAAGUAAUGUAACAGGCGAGGGCGGCUACGCUGUAAUUAUGUACUCUUCCAUUUGAGCCCCACGCUUGUCACAUAAGAAGGGUGAUAGGUGAGGGGUGGUAAAAGCCAAUCGAUCGUCAAGAGUCCAACCAAUUGUCAGAAUGCUCUAGCCCACCUGUGUCAGCAACGAUAUUAGCAAGAGCCACACUGACAUUUAAAUUACUAGAGACAGUGCUACCUGCCGAACGGGAGGGGUGGAACGAGUUCGUGUUAUCUUCAGUUUGUGGUUGAAGGAUUUGCGAAGGAUCUUCGUUUCAUGGGAAAAUUUUAUCGCCAGUCUUCUUCAAUAACUGCUUCACUGGCAAAAUUGUCCUAAUAAGUACUAAUUCACUUGUUGACGGGGUCCAAUUCGUCUCGACAUAUAGCUAUUUCGAGAAAGGUUGUCAGAAAAAAUGUGCACACGACCAUUCCGAAAAGUAAUUAUGGGAUACGAUCAUCACUGUUCCUAACCCUAAUGACUUUAGUUGUCGAACCCACUUUUGUUGCUUUCCUUUUAACAGUCGCAAACAUAUGUCUCUGGCCUCCGACAUGCCAUUAUUUCAAAUUACUUUGAAGACAGUAAACUCAAAACCACCCACAAUACCUUUCGGGAUUGUCCCGUGCACUUUUUCCAACAACCUUUCUCAAAAUAGCUGUAGAAAGAAGCUUCAAAAUGUAUAUAGGCCAUUUCGGAGUUGCGUAGGGAACUGGGGCGAGUUUCAAAUUUAAACUAAUCGAUACACUGACACCACCAUAUAAAAGGUCAUGUUGUGAUUGGUUACUUGACCAAGUUUGGUGCUCUAAGGUUGAACAGGGAUCACGUAAUGACUUCUUCUCGUAAACAGGAGCGUAGCCAGCCUGUAGGCCCGUAGGCCAGGUCUGCCUGACUUUUCACGGUAGUAUGACUUGUAAAUUUUCGAAGACACUUAAAAUUUCUUACGAAAUACUUUCGAGUCUGUAAAUAACAAAGAAGCAGCAAGAUUAAAUCAUCUCCUAGCGUUAAAGCCGGAACCAAGUUAGCACGCUUUUCAGAAUCUUACGAGCAAUGUCAAAAAAUGCUGAUAAACAGCGGUUACCUUCUACAUGACAGUUAGAAAACUAGCCAGCAUUUUCAGUGUCAUGGCAUCUCAAAGGCGAAAUAUCAAAAGUCUCUUCAACAAAACAAACGAAAGGUAAGUCCUACGGAUAAUCUUUAGAAAUAUAAAGGAGGGUGUUAGUGCUUAAACUAUUCGCUACAAAUAAAUUCAAUCAGUCUUUCGCAAAACCUAACAGAUAGAACAACUUGGAUUUACAGGCUGACUGCGUCGGAAUGUAGACAUGCAAUUACUCCAGUUUUUUUCCUUCUUUUAAUCCUCGUUGAGGCUCCAGCUAGAUUGAAAAGUGCCAAAAAUGAAACAGAAAUUUUCGAUUGAAAUCUUUUGUUAAAAUAGUACUUUUAACAAGUUCGGGAUGCAAAAAACUUGAACAGUAAAAGCUCUGAAUUUGCCGUGGGAACCCAGUUAAAUGCAGAUUGAGCUUGUCACCACGAGAGUUCCCAAAUUUAUAUAUCCAGGGCAUUUACAGCACUUUUAGCUCUACAAAUCACUGCAUCAACCGCACAGAGCUCUCUCAGCGCACUGAGAAGACUUGAAACCUAUCUAAGGUCCACGAUGAAAGAAGAUCGCUUGAGUGGACUUGCUCUUAUGCAUAUCCACAAGCAUGAUGUAAACGAUGUUGGAUGUAUCAUUUACUGCGGAAGACAUUGUUGACGAUUUUGCAGCAUCCGGAAAAAGGACGAUUUUAGCUACUCGGAUUGACUGUAACAAGUAUCGUUAUAGGAAGGCGCUUUUUUAUUGUGGUACUGAGAUCAAUACCUUGAAUCCUUGAAGUUUAGAUACAUACUCCAGAUUCAACUACACAAACAAUUAACAGUCUUGGGGGUCUGAUCUGUCUAGUGUAUUAGCGGGUCACCUUAGGGACUGGCCUACAACAAGUCAAAAAGCUGGCUACGCCCCUGUUAAACAUGGUUAAAGAUCCAUUCAAACGUCUGUAGUUUUGCGACAGCGUCCCCCAAAACCAUGAAUUUAUUUAUUUAUUUAUUACAGAUUCACUCCACUAAAUUACAAACAGAUAAUAAACAGAAUUAAAUUAAUCGCUACUUUAAAGAAAAGUUGAGGAGAAGGAGACAACCAAAAGUACUAAUGCACCAUACUAGGGAUACCCCACACUCAUUCUGAACAAUACGGUUAAAAAAUGCUAUAAAAGUUGGGAGCAAUGUCCUGUGUGUCAUUUUUCCUCAAAUUAUAAACUGUGUUUCAGUCCUUACAAAAUAUGAGCUUUUUUUAAUGUCUAUAUCAUAACGUCCAUUAAUUACAUUGAACAAAAAUGUAACAUCUCUAAUGAACCUCCUAUUGAACCCUAAAACCAUAUUAGCCUUAGCAGUUAUUCUAACUACAUGUUGGUUCCUUAAGAGAUCACUAGCAACCGAGUAAACAAUCCUAAAUCGUUAUGCACAUCAACACUUUCCAAAGGUUGAUCUUUUAUAUUAUAUUCCCCAUUUAGCUAAAGGUUUCUUUUUCCUGGUUAUUCGGUCGAUUCGCAUGAUCUUACAUUUCUUAAUAUUAAUUGUCAUCUUAUUCAUCUUACACCAUUCUGAUAUUUUAUCUAUGUCACUUCUUAAAAGUAGGCAGAUUGACUGAACUGUCCUUACUAAUUACCCCCAGUAAAUCAUGGAUGUAUACUAUGAAGAAUAAUGGUCCCAAUAAAGAACCUUGUAGGAUACCAAAGGUUACGGUUAGCCAAUCAGAAGCCUCUCCUUUCACUACUACACGCUGUUUACAGUGGUCUUGGAGUAAAUUUCCAGAGUGCAAGCAGAUUAUAAACGAGGUGAGUGUUUACUAAUUGCUUUUUAAUUUUCUAGAUGUCUUUAUUUGCUUGUGAAAGUGUUCAUCAAUAUCUUGUCAUCACUUAACCGUUUGUGACCUCGAAGAAAUUAUUUUCACAGGCAAAUAAAGAGAUCUAAAAAAUGUAAACAAGCAAUUACUAAAAACCCAGGCCUCGUUUAUCGUCUGCUUGCACUCUGGAAAUUUACUAGCCUGCAUAACAGGCGCCUCAUGAGUCAAGCGAAACAAAAGCGGCAUUUCGCGCAAAGCGCGAGACGAGGGAGUAGAGCUUCUCGCUUGGAUCAUAAAGCGCGUGUUAUGCAGGUUAAAAAUUUUGUCGAAGGGCUUGCCCCUUUUAUACAUCACAAAUACUCGGAAAUAACAUAUUUUUCUUUUAAAAAGGCUCACCUACCCUAAUUCCGGGGUUAGUUUUCAUUUUCUUCACAUUUUUUUAUUUUCAAACUGUAUUCUCCUCAUUGCCUUCCAGCUCUGACACCAGCACUUACUUUCAAAUUGAAACUCCUAGUUGAGUCGGGAUUUAUCAACAUUCUGCAACAUUUCUAUAUUGUCUUAUGUUUUGAUUAUUUCCCAAAUUUAUAGUGUUCAUGAAUCACUUGUCAGAUAGAAAUAACUACAACCUAUAGUCAGUUGUAUAUUUCAAGUUGUAGUUUCUGGACACCAGCGUAUGUAACGAGACAUUACACAUGAGUACGCUCUGUGUUAACCUGUUUCAGGCUCCUAGAUAGUCGGGUUCGCGAAAUUGAGAAAGGCGAACAUGAAAACAAAACGGGAGGAAACUGGGGAGAGAAAGGAUCACGCGCUCAUAUUUUCGCCUUUUUUGACUAUUACGCGUUACGCGUCAUCCUUACUAUCUGAAGCGUGGAACAGGCUACUCCUGCAAAAUCAUAGUAAGCUUAAACAUUUAUACGACAAAUAUCUUACUAUCACCUCCGUCUUUGUCAAGUAAACCUACGGCAAUGCGUCCUUGAAGAGUAACAGCAACGCCUCGAAUAGAAACAAAACCUUUUACAUCAUGUAGGAAGAUGCUGGGGAGCAGCCCUCCAUCGCUCAUGUCGUAUCUCAGGAUUCGCACGGGAUUCCACUCUUUUCCUUUGUCACAAGGUUGACUUGGAAGAGCUAUUACUAAAUUAUUGCUCACUUGAUGACAGGCUAUGGAGGACCUUAACUCGUGUUUAGUGACGAUGGAGACGCGCUUUCUCUUUUUCUCUACUGACUUUAAGAGAUCGUCAAUGUAAUGUCCGUCUGAACGAAACAUAUGAGCUGAUAUAGCCCAUUUAUCAUCUUUAUCUAAAACAAUCACUCUUCCGUCGUUGGUUGCACAAAUGUCUUCAGCUCCUGAGUUUAAUAUUUUUUCCCCGAAACUAGUCUUAAAAUGGCCAUCCGACGAAUCAUAGACAUCAACGGCAAUCCCAGAAGAACUCUUUGCCAAUAUGAAGAUUUCAUUGUUAUUGUUUAUUGACAUUCUAGAAACCUCUGCUGUUUUUUCUUUCAAUAAUAUGUCGCGUCUCGUGUGUGAGCUUCCUUUAUCAAACACAAAAAUCUUGAAGUGCGCAGUUGUUGAGUUUUCUCCCAGUUCAAACAAUACAUACACAUUGUCUUUGGUAUCAGUAGCAACAUCCACAAUGCUCGCAACCGAGUCUUUUUGCCAGGGCGUUAAGGAAAGUUUACGAACAAACAAGCCAUUCGCAUCAUAUUCUUUAACGGUUAGAUCCCAUUCGUCUCCAACCAUACAGUGUCCCUGAGAAUUAACAGCAAUGCCUUGUGGUAUGUUCGGUUUAUUCUUUUUAUCUUCUUCAUUAAGGGUCGAUGGCGUUAGGGAAACGUGCGGAACUUCCUUAGCCACUCGGGAGUCGGACAAGGGGUCUAUUUUUCCCUUUUCCACUUCAAUCAAGGGAAAAACCAACAAUUCCCCUUCCUUGGCGAUCGUCUGUGCAGCAUUGCGAAUAAAAUGAUUUAUUCGACAGACGGAAGCAAUUACUUGCCUUUGAACCCCCCUUUUAAAAGAAACUUUGUUAAGGCCUUUAUAAACAACUUGAUUAAAAGUUUCCCUCACAUACUUGAGACCGUGAAGGUCUUCAAGACAGCCAAUACACACAUUCAACGCAUCCUCAGGAUGGUCAACGUUCUCUAGCAUGGUCGACGCGACACGAAUAACCAUUGCUUGGAUGCGAUCCAAUAUUGGAAGGCCUUCGUUGUUGAAAGCUUUUACAGCCAUGAUACGGGCUUGUUUGAAAUCAUCCUUUGCAGCCGUCAGUGCUCUUUUGUCUGAAUCGUCUAAACAAUGUAGUCUCAAGUCUUUGCAGACCUGAUACAUGCUUGUCGAACGGACUUCUGUUUGUCUGUCAGCACUUUCCCUGUCGCCUUCAUUAGAAUUUUUCUUGAGUUUAAGAAGGCGACGGAUUCCUUCUCUGUAAAAUGUAAAACUUGAUAAUAAAGUAGAAUUCGCAAGUGCCUCCAACUUUGCUUUAACGUCGAGCAGGUCGCGGCGGAGAUCACUUUCUCUCAUUUGCCUUGCUUCCAUUGGGUCUCUAUCCACGAACAGUUUAACUGAACUAUCGAUUAAAGCUACAGAAUCCAUAGUGUUAGCUCAGUAGUCUAGUGUUAUAAUAAAACAAAUCUAUUAGCGUUAAAAGGGUGAAUAACCUACGUACAAAAGGCGUUGUAAAGAAUGCUAACUAUUUUUGUAAAGAACGCUAACUAAAAAAAUGAAGUUACCAUGGAGACAGUGUCGGAAAAGAAAAGAUGUCUCAGGAAAAACAAUAACUCAAUUGUAAACAGUAGCAAAUACGGCCAAAUCUGAUUAAUUUUAUUGGCUGUCGAGUCGAGUCAAAGUCAUAUAGAUGUCAUACAGGGACGGGCCUUGGAAUUGUUUGUUCGUCUGGGCGGGAGCGAUAGUACAAUUUGUGGUUUUGUGGCUUGCUUGUGUUCCUGACAUAUUCAAGGUUUUUACAGCCUUCUGGAUUGUAGAUACUUCAGGUGCAUUUUGCAGGUCUAUGGUUGUUUAAGCUGCGAAGAAAACGUUCACUGCAGUAUGGAUCUGAUAUCUUGUGCAGUUUUGGCUCUUAAAUUUGGAGCUGAUGUAGUCUGGAGAAUGCAGCGAAAAGAGUUGUUAAAAAAGCUCAAAGAAGGCGAAUCUAUUGCAGACGGAAGCUUUCUUCAGCUUUUUUUGACUGAAACAGACCAGUUGGAGUUGAAACUUGACCAAAUUUCACGAAAGGAACUGGGUGCAAGUAGAGUCUCCUACAAGGAAGGCCUAACUAUCGUUAACGAAGUUUUAAACAAAAUUGGAAAGAUUGGAGAGGACGAAACUCCCGCUGCAACAGUGACAGUCUCUGGGAAGUCGACGUUCUACGCCGUGAACACAGUAGUAGAUAUUGUGGACUCCAUGACUGGCAAUUUGAAAUCGCUCAAAGUAACCGACUUGGAUGAAAAAGAUCGCAAAUUAGUUGACGAGGCAAAAGAGGCUUUCGGCAAUGCCUCGACAGAAGCAAGCAAGGCUUUCAGCAAUCCUUCACUAAAAGCGACUCAGCGUGUUCACGCCAUGUCUAUUUGCAUCAUGGCAAAAAUACUGAAGCAUAUGGAUGACCCCGCCAUUGCAUUACCUUCAUGCAAAUCAUAUCUCAACGACUUGUAUUCCUUGCAACAAAUCCAGGAUUCCUUUUGUUCACUGGUAACAGGUAAAGGAUCUUUCGAUAAAGAAAUUGUGCGGGAUGUCUGCUACUUAAAUCGUCUGCUCUUCGAUGUUAUCCAUCGGGUUUCGGAAAAGGAGGGUUUUUGGAGUUGGCCUCCUAUCAUCAUCCGCAAAGACGACACAAUUAUUUACCGACUGGAUCCACUAAGAGAUGUUAGAGUGACUAAAGUGCUUUGUAGUAAAAGCAGGAAAAAAGACGUUCUGUCAAACGUUACUGAAGUGACUGUAGCAUGGUCAUUUGGAGCCGAGGAGCCUGACACAAAGCUUAUUUCACCACAAGAUGUUACUACAGACCACCAUGGACAUUUCAUUGUGGCGGACAACGGCGAUCGCUGCAUCAAAGUGUUCAAUAAUAGCGGGAGGUUCGUGAAGUCUUUUUCUCCUCUUCCCCGCCAUCAGGUCGAUGAAGAAAUAUGUAGCGUGGUUACUGACCGUGAAGACAAUAUAUUCGUACUGACUAAGAUAGACAAGUAUCACCAUAAAGUAGACUUGUUCGACAAAGACGGGAAACUGCUGAAGAGGUUUCCACUAGAGGAAGGUCUUGUUAGCUGCUCACCAGUCAUAAAUGACAGCAAUGAGCUUUUUGUUGUGAUAGAAAACCAAAACAAUGAUUCAAAACAUUCCACAGUUUAUGCGUACAGGAGUGAUGGAAAGUCUAUAAACCACAAGGGCUUUGGACAAGAUAUUCUAAUGGAACCAAUGGACAUGACCGUUGCUAGUGGAGGUCUUUUAAUGGUAUUAAAUAGAGAUGGACAUGUAGUAACAUUCGAUAAAGACGGAAAACACCUUCCAGAACGUGAUUUCUAUCACAAGGGCGACUCUCCUUCCAACGCUUUAGCGUUUCAUUCGAAGAGUGAACAUGUUGUCAUCUCCAGCCUAGAACCGGGAUUUUUUGUGAAUAUAUCAAUCUACGAUAAAAGUGGCGCCUGCGUGCACAACAUUUACCAGGGUGGAGAACAGAUGACCAAAAAAGAGCAGAGAGAAUGUGUUCCUCCAAAGAUUGCGUUGACCAAAGAUGGAAACAUAGCCGUACUUGCUGGGAGUGUAGGCGAAUGCAAGGUUGUUGUUCUGUAA